UUUCGCCGGCGCGUAUCAACCACCGACCGCCAACCUCGCCGCCGACAAGAGAAAAAUGGCGGCGUAUCACCAACCGUACGAUCCUUACUACGUCUACAACCCUCUUCCACAGCUCCUCCCUCAGUUCGCCGACGAACCCGGGGCGAUCAACACACUCUUCGUCUCCGGCUUGCCUGACGACGUCAAGGCUCGCGAGAUCCACAACCUCUUCCGCCGUCGUCCCGGGUUCGAGUCUUGCCAGCUCAAGUACACUGGACGCGGCGACCAGGUUGUUGCGUUUGCAACGUUCUCGAGUCAUCGUUUCGCUAUGGCUGCAAUGAAUGAGCUAAAUGGUGUGAAGUUUGAUCUUCAAACAGGGUCGACUCUGCAUAUAGAAGUAGCUAGAUCAAACUCCAGAAGAAAAGAAAGGCCUGGAAGUGGGCCUUAUGUUGUAAUUGAUAACAGAAACAAGGAACCAUCUAAAUCUCAGGACGACCAGAGUAGUGAAGGCGAAAGCGAUUCUGAUGAGGGAAACGAUAAUUCUCCAAAGGAAAACGAUAACACCAAAAGCGAAGUGGACUCUGAUCAAGAUAGUAAAGCACCACCUAUUGGGCAUUUGGAAAAAGCAUCUGAAGGAGGUUCUGGUGGUGCUGCUCGACCAUGUUCCACCUUGUUUAUAGCCAAUCUAGGGCCUAAUUGUACUGAAGAUGAACUCAAACAACUCCUGUCUAGAUAUCCUGGUUUCAAUACCCUUAAAAUCCGAGCAAGAUGCGGAAUGCCAGUUGCAUUUGCUGAUUUUGAGGAAAUUGAACAAGCGACUUAUGUCAUGAAUGAUCUUCAAGGCAACCUCCUGUCGUCUUCAGACCGAGGCGGCAUGCAUAUCGAAUAUGCAAGAUCCAAGAUGAGGAAACAGUAGAAGAUUCUCAUAAAUAGAUCUUGAAAAGAGUGAAUCAAGUUCUUAGUCUAGUCAUGGUCCACUGAAGGUCAUUUAAUUACUGCCCCCACCAAUGUCCUCACCAGUUUUGGGGGUUUCUUGUGUAUAUUAUAUCUUAUCUUUGUUCAAUUUGAGAAAAAUGUUGUGUGGAUAAGCACAGACCCAAUGCAUCACUGUAUUGACAGGCAUUCAGAUUCACACACCUGACUUCUCUC